GGCGUUUGCUCAUCGAGAUGUUGACGUCGAAUCUUGUAUGGUUUAGAUUUUGGUUGUUGACAUAAGAAAUCCACAACUUAUGUACUUUAUAAAGACUUUUUUCACUUCAUUCUUUCCUGUUUUAGGAGGAUACCAAGAAGAAGCUAAUUGUCUCUAAUAGUAAGGUUCCCCAAUUGAAAAACCGAUUACAUGAAGAGAGGCUGACCACUGCACACGGAGUAAAGAAAAUUGGAGAACUUGAUCAGGAAAAAAGAAGAUAAAUGCUGCAAUGCAAGAUCUUGAUUCAGAGAGGCGGAGGUUAAGAGGUGCCAGGGAAAGGCUAAAGCUUCAGGAAACACAACUUCGGGCAUUUCAUUCAACAUGUGAGGUGAUACAAAUCCUGUUUGCUGGGCAACAGGAGCAAUUACUGUUAGUAGAACCCCUGGGAGAGAGAGAGAAGUUGAAGGAUACCAUAGCAAAAAUGCUGCAAAGGCAGGAUCAACUGCAUCUACACAGAAACGCAGCAGAGAUUAAGUAGAAACCUCAAGCAAUGAAGCCAGUGUCACUGAGAAACAUGACUGUGAGGUGAGAAGUCAAGAAUGCCAAAAUACACCAGAGUUCAACAGUGCAGAUCAUGAUCAUGAUUUAAGAGGUGGCGUUGGUUCUGAUAUUGAUGGUGCUGCCACAACAGCUAUGAUGGAUGGAGGUGCUGGCGGUACUAGAACUGAAAGUCCUUCAAAUUAUGGCUUAAAACAUGUUGAUUUGAAUAACUAUGGUCCUCUAGAUGGUACAAUAUGCAGUGUGAUGAUGAUGUAAAUGUACAAGAAACUGAGGAGCAAGCCCAUGAUCAUCGUGUUUUGCAUCCGUUGCAAUUACAUGAUCCUACAGACACUGAAAAAGUUAUUGAGGAUACCGAAGUUGGAGGCACAAUCAGAACAGAAGACCUUUUAACUUCCGAAGUUGCUGGCAGCUGGGCUUGCAGUACAGCCCCUUCUGUGCAUGGAGAUAAUGAAUCUCCAAGCAGGGACAAUAACGAAGGUUGUGGCCCAUUGCAUGAUUCAAAUAUUGUGGUGGCUGAGAGUCAGAACACUGACGAUGCUGCCGCUAGACGGAAUGAGCGGCCAGCACUCCGGGAUAUGAUUGGCAUCGUUGCUCCUGAUUCGAGGGAGAAGUUUGGAGGUUCUGCAUAUAAUUGUGGUGAAAAGCAAGAGAAAGAUGCAGUUCAACUGACUCGGAGACGCAGAGUUGUAGCAACAGUGGCAAUGAAGGUAGAAAUCAAUGCAGAGGGUAGAAUCGAAUGUAUGACAAUAUUGAAGAGAAGAGAAAAGAAAAAUUUUGAUGAAGGGCGUAGGAUUAUUACAUAGGUUGAAUUUUUAUAUAUGACAUAGGAAGAAAGAGGGUUCUGAAACGGUUGCAGAACGUGAUUUUUGUAUAAUUUCAUCCAAUAACUGCACAUGUUGUUUUAGAUUAU